AUGACCUCUCGAUCUUCACGGAGCUCAAAUUCUGGUACCCCUGGAGAUGACGUGCCGUUGCUUCGGGUCUUGGGUGCCAUAGCCGUGGCCAAAGAAAAGCAGGGGCCCGCCGAGUUGAACCACCUGAAGAACAAUGGCACGGACGAUCGAUAUGUCACUGGAUAUAUCCGGGCUGUCCGCCAAUACGCGCUCAACGCCCAGAGGAGCGACGCCAUGGGGAUGGCCAAGGUGCUUGAAGCGCUGACCAAGAUCAACGCCGACACCGAACGCCUGAACCAGCGAAUGACAACCAUUGAAGCCUCAACAAGCACUCUAUCGAGAUCUUUGUCCUCCGUCCCUGUCGAUUCUGCGCUGGCGUGGCGCAGUUUCCGAGCCAGAGACUGGCAGCGCGGCUUGGUAUUCCUCGAUCUGAUAGCUUCCUCUCGGCCGCUGGCUAUUGUAUAG